AUGUCGACGCCCACGACGGCCGUGGCCACGCUCCCUCACUAUCACCGUCUCGCCCACCAGGCUCACCCAGCUCACCACCACCCGUCGUCGACCACAUCAAAUUAUCGCACCACAGCUGCCAAUUCUUUGCUCUACGCACCGAAUCCAUCCGUGCCGGCGUCUUCGGCUGCGUCAUCGUCGUCGACCACCGCGGCACGCCUAUUGCCUUUCGACCAGCCUGGUAGCCAUAAUGCCGGCUACACUUCGUCGGAUGCCGUAACCCAGAACCAUCAGCCCCAAUCGCCACCAGCACCCCCUCCCCACGACCAAUACCUGCAUCGCGACCACCACAUUGAAACCUCAACCCCAACAACCCCGAGGCAUCGCAUUCAUCAUAACCACUCAUCCGCCAUGGCCAGUGCAGCGGCCACCGCCUCGGCUUCUUCUGCAGCCGCUGCCGCCCCCGGCCCUGCGAACAUUCGCGACCUUGACCCCCCCUCGCGGAAACGCCGUCGCUCCCGCGAACCCGACUGGAAUACCUUUUAUCGCAACGGCCUGCCAAAGGAGAUUAUUGUCAUUGACGACACCCCAGAGCCAGAGGCCAAGACCAGUCGGAAAUUGACCUCGUCCAAGACAAACGGCGAUGCGUCUGGCGGUGCCGCUUACCACGAGGCCACCACCAACACUCGCCAACCCGUGAAGCGACGACGUCGGGAUGCUCCCGCCUCGGGCUAUCACGUCCAGUAUGUGGGCUCCCGCACAAACACACCGCUGCAAAAUGGCACGCCCAUCGGCUCUACACUCUCCAGCGACCGCACCAACUCGUUUCUCAACACCACCGCCCCGACUUCUCUUUCUUCCAAUAGCCAGUACGACGAGGCCCCUGCCCCUUUGAAACGCAAGCGGACAACCCGUCAGCAGGCGGCCAACGAAGCAAAACGUCGGGAUCUUGAUGGUCUCGGCGGCCGGCUCCUCACGUACAAGCCACCACCAUUCCCCCCGAAAAAGGUUUCUGAUGUCCAAGUCCGGGUUGUACACGAUCACUACUCCAAGAACGUCGAGGUUGAUGACGACGACGGGCACUAUAUUGUCGUCCCCGAUGCAGAGUUGACGGAUAAAUAUCAAAUCACUCGUCUACUUGGCCAGGGGACUUUUGGCAAGGUUGUUCAAGCCCGUGAUCAGAAGCGGAACCGGGCUGUCGCCGUCAAAAUUAUUCGAUCAGUCCAAAAGUACCGCGAUGCGUCUAGAAUCGAACUGCGAGUGCUAGCUACUCUGAAGGCUAAUGACGCCACUAAUCGAUAUCGAUGCAUACACCUAACCGAUUGCUUUGACUAUCGAGGCCAUAUCUGCAUCGUCAUGGACCUCUUGGGCCAGAGCGUCUUCGACUUCUUAAAGGGCAAUGGCUUCGUGCCUUUUCCCAAUAGUCACAUCCAAAACUUCGCUCGUCAACUCUUUACGAGUGUAGCCUUCCUGCAUGAUCUAAACUUGAUCCACACCGAUCUUAAGCCGGAGAACAUUCUUCUCUGUGAUGACCUGUACCAGACGUUUACAUAUAAUCGGAAAAUCCCCUCAUCUUCGACAACAAUCAACAGGCAAGCCUCGCAGCGCCGGGUGCUGCUCAACACCGAGAUCCGGUUAAUUGAUUUCGGGUCGGCUACGUUCCAGGAUGAGUAUCAUUCAUCCAUUGUCUCAACAAGGCACUACCGAGCUCCUGAGAUUAUUUUAGGCCUGGGAUGGUCCUUUCCCUGUGAUAUCUGGAGUAUUGGCUGUAUCUUGGUUGAGUUCUUCACCGGCGACGCCCUAUUCCAAACACACGACAACCUUGAGCAUCUCGCCAUGAUGGAAGCCGUCGUCGGUUCCAGGAUAGACAGUCAUCUUGUUCAAGCUGUCAACAAAAUGUCUUCGAGGAGCGGCGGCAAUCCAGCGUCAAGAUAUUUUAAACGUCUCAAACUUGACUACCCUACUCCAGAUACAACGCGAGGAUCCCGGAGAUUCGUCAAAGCCAUGAAGCAUCUUCACGACAUUAUUCCAUCGAGUAACCAAUUCUUUAAGCAUUUCCUUGAUUUGCUGCAAAAAAUCUUUGUAUACGACCCUGCACGUCGUAUCACCGCCAAGCAGGCCUUGAAUCACCCGUGGUUUGAUGAAAUCGCGCAGCCGGAUGAUGGCACAGAGGCGGCCAAGAUCCGACUAGAAAGGAAACGACUGGAGCAGGAAAAGGCUCGGGCCCACCAUCCUUACGCGGCGUAA